AUGCCUCCCCCCCCUCCUCCUCCUCCCCCUCCGCCGCCGCCUGGGGGGGGCGCACUCUUAUCUGAUAUCCACAAAGGCACCCGGUUGAAGAAGGCAGUCACCAAUGAUCGAUCAGCCCCAGUAGUUGGGAAAUCCGGGGGAGGCUCUGGAGGCGCCCCUGUUGGUGCUGCACCGCCAGUUCCCGGGGGUAUGAAGGUUCCGUCUGGGCUUGCACCUCCUGUCCCAUCGCCAGCCGCCGCCAACAGAUUACGAAGCAACAGUGAAGGAUUAUCAGGAACAGAUGGAGGCUCAGGGUCACCAGCGGCUCAACUCGGAGGUCUCUUCGCUGGCGGUAUGCCCAAAUUGCGCAGCCGUGGAGGAGUUGAUACUGGCGCCAAUCGAUCAGACUCGCCAUACAAAUCUGACUCGGAAAGCACGCGAGCACCUGUUGCUACACCUCCCAGACCUCCGGGGGCGCCGAAGCUUCCUGGGGCACGCCCACCACCUCCACCACCUUCAUCAGAACCUCCGAUCAAUCCGUUGGUCGCUAGUUUGAAGAAACCUCCCCCACGACCUGCCUCUAGGCCGUCGUCCACCAUCUCUGCAGCAUCUACAAGAACAGUCCCCGAGGCUCCUCCCCCACGAGCUCCUCCACCACCUCCUGGAGGAAUUAGAGCCCCGCCAGCACCACCGCCCCCUGCAUCUCGAAAGCCUUCUGGUCCACCGCCACCUCCUCCGGCAUCAUCAAGCCCGGCACCUCCUCCUCCUCCACCUCCCCCAUCUGCUCCUGCUGCUGGUCGCGCUCCUCCCCCGCCACCAUCAGCGCCUGGGCGACCAACCCCUGCUCCACCUCCCAGUGCUGCACCAUCUAUUGCUGCUCAAGCCGCUCGCACUGCUCUGGGUAGUCCCAGUCCUCCAUCCGCUCCCCCUCCUCCUCCCUCAGCCGCCCCUGCAGCUCCGCCUCCACCUCCACCUUCAUUUGAAGCUCCAUCUCGACCAUCACCUGUUCCUUCCCGCCCAGUUUCACAAGAACCGCAUGCUGCACUGGACCCCAGUGCCUAUACUCUGACCAAUGGUGGAUCAUCUCCUGCUUAUAACUCACGAAAUUCUUCUACACACGGCUCGGCCCAAAUAGAAGAUCCUCGAUUCAAAUUCCAGAGUGAUGGAUUGCUCUCCAAGCCCCGGCCAUUCAGCGGCGGGGAGCGCAGAUACCGUGCUGGCCGAGGCAGCAGUGUGCCCUUGGAUCUGAAAGCAUUGAGUGGCUGA